AUGUCAGCAGGAAGAGGAUUGUACGCAAUACUUGGUUUGAAACCAGGUGCUACACCAGAUGAGAUAAAGAAGGCCUAUAGGACAUUGGCUAGAAAGUAUCAUCCGGACAAGGUCGGAUCAGACUCUGAGAAGAUGGUCGACAUCAACAAGGCCAAUCUCAUUCUCUCGAAUGAAAGAAUGCGUUAUCUCUACGACAACUAUAGGUUCACUGAUGGUGUGGUGCAUCAUCGAUCAGAGGGCAGUAGUUCCCGUCGUCCAGACUUCCACUUUGAGGGCGAGGGCGACAACAUUGGCGACAUUGCCAAGGCGAUCGCUAAACUGGCGGGUCAGAUGAUCCUGACGCCCCUGCAGAACAUCACGCUGCUCUGCCAAUCAGAGAUGUACACAACAUUGUCGUCAUUGCAGGCGAUGCGACACAUAUUCUGGAACCGUGGCCUAUCUGGAUUCUUCCACGGCUCCCUGGCACAAUCAGUACUAGACUACCUGGGACAGAAGUUCUCGGGUGUUAUGGAAGGAGCCGUGCUCAAGAACAAAACUCAUCCGAUGGUUCAUCAGUUGGUGAACAUGUUCUUCACCUAUCCAUUCGACCUGAUCGCAGCCAUCUAUCGAAUGAGGAUGGGCGAGUCCGUGCUUGACAUCAUUGGAUGUCUGUACCAAGCGAAUGGCAUUAUGGGUUUCUGGGACGGCUUCUUGCUGAGUACGGCGGUCUCAGUAACGCUUGGCUGUGUCGACAUGGGUCUCGAGAUGGCCGCACAUUAUGCCACAGAGAAGCAUUUGGAUAAUCCAAAGUCCAAAAUAUGGCGAUGGUCAUACAUUGCAAUGACCAAUCCCGUGGUCAAUGCGUUGAUCUACUCGGGCAUCACACUGCCCAUGUACGGUCUGACGCUGAAGCGACAGAUGCAAGCGAUCCGACCGCCUAGAGGCCGUCACUCGCUCCUGGAUAUCAUCACUGGAACAUGGAAAUAUGGUGGACUAUCGAGAAUCUAUGCUGGAUUUGUUCCAUAUGCCCUAUAUAUUGAGAUUGAUUCGAGACAGAUCAAUCUUGAAACCAUUCACAGCUCCAACGCAGUGGACGAUGAUGUUUGGUCCAUGAGUCGCACCAGCUUCAAGGUUAAAUGGAAUGGCGCGACAAGAUACUCCUUCCACCUCAUCAGCAGUCCCUUGAUCAGGUAG